AUGCCAAGGAGCCAACGCCGCCUCCAUUUUUGUGUCGCGCUGAUAGCGGGAUUUUCCAGUCGUUCGCUUCCACUUCAGUGCUCUCUCUAUGUAUUCACGCCAAUAACCAUUGACGAUUCUCGUCGUCGUCUUCCAACUCUCGAAAGAACUAUAUUUUCCCAUCGGCAGCCACUCGGGGAGUUUCUCUGCGGCAAUCGUAAACAACCUGAAGGCAAACCUCGCCUCUCCCGCACACUUCUGCCCUCGAAUCCGAUUGUAGAGAUCUGA